UGGUGACUGAAUUGCUUUCCAGUACCAGGGUAUUUAGUUAAGCAGAUUGCAUUUUCUUACACCCAGUGAUGAUCUUUCUUGAUGGCAGCUGGUGACAAGUGGCUUGGGUGACAGCAGAAUUACACAAACAGAGACAUGGACGUGCAUACAAACCACAUCAUAACAAGAUGGGAUGCGGCACUGCCAGGAUAAUGAAUUAUUGUGCUGGUGAAUGAAGAAUUAGUAACACUGACCAGUGAUACUGCUAUCCUCUGUCCACUAUCCAUGGGAAGUGCAGAGGAAAUGUACGGAUGGACUGUAAAAAUGAGCAUGCCGAAUGUUUUGGCUGUGGUGAUGGUCUUUUUUAUGAUUCCUGGUGGGGUGCUGAGUGAUAUGAGAGGUACUCAGGGUCUGGAAGCCCAACAAUUGGCUCAGGGGUCCACUCAUUUGCACAGUCGCCUGAAGAGAGGCUGGAUCUGGAAACAGCUGUUUGUCCCCGAGGAAGAUCCCACUCCUCGUGUUAUUGGCCAGCUGAAAUCUGAUUCAGAUCAAGGUGAGUCUUCCAUCAAGUACAUAUUAUCAGGAGAAGGUGCUGGAGAUGUGUUCGAGAUAAAUGAGUAUACUGGUGAAAUCCGGACACUAAAGAAGCUUGACCGCGAAGAAAAGGCCUUCUAUGUCCUUCAAGCCCAGGCCAUCAAUAGGUGGUCCAACGAACCAGAGGAACCCCAGUCAGAAUUCAUCAUCAAGGUGCAGGACAUUAAUGACAAUGUCCCCCAUUUCCAGAAUGAGCCAUAUGUGUCCAGCAUUCCCGAGAUGUGUCCAGCAGGGACCACAGUGGCACAGGUGACAGCCACAGAUGCUGAUGAUCCCAUGUUUGGAAACAACGCCAAGCUCAUCUACUCCAUCCUGCAGGGGGAACCCUAUUUCUCUGUGGAGCCAAAAACCGGGAUUAUUGUAACAUCUUGGCCAAAUAUGGACCGUGAAGCCAGAGAGCAGUACCUGGUGGUGGUGCAGGUGAAGGAUAUGCUGGGCCUCAGCGGCGGUUAUUCCUCUUCUACUACGGUUACGGUCAGCUUGACUGAUGUCAAUGACAAUGGACCCACAUUCCAGCAGCACCUAUACAGCUUUGCUGUCCCUGAAAAUGCAGCCAUCGGCACCACAGUGGGCAGAAUCAUGGCAGAGGAUGGAGACGCUGGCAUCAAUGCCAAAAUGGCCUAUAGUCUGGAGGGUGACCUGGAAGAAAGCACUUUUAUCAUUAAAACAGACCCAGUAACACAAGAGGGAGUGAUUCUACUGGCCAAGCCUUUGGACUAUGAAGUCAAGAGACGUUUUGACAUGACUGCUGAGGCGGUCAACGAGCACGUGGACACUCGUUUUCUGACUUUGGAGGAGUUCAGGGAUAGCACGACACUGAAAAUCAUUGUGAAGGAUGAUGAUGAGCCACCUGUUUUCCUCUCUCCAGUCUACGAGUGGAAAGUUCCUGAAAAUGCUGCUGUGGGAACUGUGGUUGGCAGCGUCAGUGCCAGAGACACUGACACAGUCAACAAUCCCAUCAGAUACGCAAUUGACAAAAGAAGUGAUACCGCAAAAGCUUUCAAAAUAGACCCAAACAAUGGAACUAUAACUGUCGCUAAAGCUUUGGACCGAGAGACGGAAGCCUGGCACAAUGUGACUGUUGAAGCCAAGGAAACAACUCAGAACCAUUUAUCCUCCUCUGUGGUGGUGUUCAUCAAAGUACUGGACAUAAACGACAAUGUGCCAAGGCUUGCAAGAGAUUACCAGCCAUAUAUCUGUGAGGGGACGCAGGCGGGAGAACUCAUUCAGAUGCUCAGUGCUGUUGAUCCAGACGACCCCGUGGAAGGACAUCAUUUCUACUUCUCUAUGGUUCCUGAGAAGCGCAUUAAUCCAAACUUCACUAUCAGAGAUAAUCAAGACAACACAGCUGGAAUAGUGGCACGCAGGAGUACUUUUACCCGAAAAGAUCGAACCCAGUACCUCUUGCCCGUGGUGGUGGUAGACAGUGGCUCUCCGGCUCUUUCUAGUACCAGCACUUUGACCAUCAGUGUGUGCAGCUGUCAGCCUGCAGGGCAUUGUCCCACAGGAGGGGUGGAAGCCCUCGCUCUUUCCAUGGGGGUGAGCCUGCAAACCUUGUUAGGGAUCCUGCUCUGCCUGGUAACAGUCACAGUGCUGUCAGUUGUAAUGCUGAUGGUGAGGAGACACAGGAGAAAACAGCAGGUGGAACGUGAGGUGGAGGUGAAGGAGCUGGAGCUGCCUGAGACUGUGUCGCAGAAGGUGCUUUAUUACGGGAAAUCUGGAGUUGGAGGAGCAGAGCUGGACUUCUGCCAGCCUACUGUCCCACUGCGCCCCCACCCCAGGAGAAAGGAGAGGAGGCUGCGAAGGGAAGAUGUCAGGGCCAGCAUACGAAUGUCCCUCCGAGAGUCACACCUCAUUGGCCCAGAGGACGAGGUCUUCAGGCAGUUUAUUCUGGACAGGCUGGCAGAAGCUGAUCAGGAUCCGUACGCUCCUCCGUUUGACUGCCUUCGAACUUAUGCAUAUGAGGGGUCAGGGUCUCCCACAGGGUCUCUGAGCUCAUUGGAUUCUUCUACUUUGGAGCCUGAGCAGCCUGUUUGUAAUCCCAGACCAUCUUUAGCAAGACUCACACCGUGGUAUGUUGCAAGAGAGGAGGACACAAUCUUUUAAGCUAUUCUAUUUUUAAACAGCUGUUCUUACAGUUUUUUGCAUGAUAGACCAGGGCAGUGCAUGUCCAAGAGGCACUCUUGAGCAACAUACAUACAGAAUGCAUGUUAGGCUAAUUGCUGAUCCUAAAUUGGCUGUAGGUGUGAGUGUUUCUGUCUGUCUCUCUGUUAACCCUACGAUAGACUGCUGACCUGUCCAGGAUGUACCCCACCUCCUGCUUUAUGACAGAUGUAUUAAGAGCCGACUUGAACAAAAAAGUUUGGCAUUUUGUGAAAGCGAAUUUUCCCCUCUGAGAAAGUGUAUUUAUCAAAAUGUCAGUCUGCUGCAUUCCUUUAAGGAUAAGAUCAAGCUGUAUAUA